AUGGUCCGCAUCUCCGUUCUCAACGACGCCCUUAACUCCAUCGUCAACGCCGAGCGCAAGGGCAAGCGCCAGGUGCUUGUCCGACCCUCGUCCAAGGUCGUCAUCAAGUUCCUCUCGGUCAUGCAGAAGCACGGCUACAUCGGCGAGUUCGAGGAGGUCGAUGACCACCGCUCGGGCAAGGUCGUGAUCCAGCUCAACGGCCGCAUCAACAAGUGCGGUGUCAUCUCGCCCCGCUUCAACGUGCAGCUCGGCCAGAUCGAGAACUGGGUGCAGCAGCUCCUGCCCGCCCGUUCGUUCGGCUACGUCGUGCUCACCACCUCGGCCGGUAUCAUGGACCACGAGGAGGCCCGUCGCAAGCACGUUGCCGGCAAGAUCCUCGGCUACUUCUACUAA